UUGUGUUUUUUAUGUUGAUUUAAUUAAAAAAACAAACAAAAAAACCCGAUACAGAUAAUAAAAAAACAGAUACCGAUAAUUUCCGAUAUUACAUUUUAACGCAUUUAUCGGCCGAUAAUAUCGACAGGCUGAUAUUAUCGGACAUCCCUAAUAAAUAUUGACGUUAUCGUGAUGUCAUCGAUCCAAUAGUGACGCAAUCCUUGAUAUCCUUAUAGUCGACAGUUGUAUUGGUUCAGACCAUUAACUUCCGGGAGUAGUUGGUACACAAGUGGCACCAAAAUGAGACAUUUGUAUACUUCUAUGAUCGCGUCUGUGUCUGUUUGCGCUCUUUACGUCGUGUACGUACAAAUCCACCGUUCUCAUAAACUACUGAAAACAAAGACGCUCAGCUGCGAGAAACUUCCGAGUGUCGUGUAUCUUUUUCUGAGAUAUGUGAGCCGCGCACUUACUCGGAGAAAAGGCUGCUUGGACGACAAGAAGGAAUGCAAGCAAGAAGUGUUUUAUACUGUCAAGAACUGCAGGCUGGACGUGCUGCUUUUGAGGAGGUUCUGCCAGGCCACAAGAUAUGGUUGGGACUACCCAGACAGUCAAUACAGAGACAUCCCUCUCUGUUUCCCCGUCUUUAUGUGCCAUAAACUGAUCAUUAUGGCCAUUACUGAUGACAACUUCCUGUUGAGCCCAGUUGGUCUGCGUUGUGUGCGUCAGAGCAUCAGAACCCAGCAAGCAGUGGAUGAGCUGAAAAAAGGUCCUUUCAUGCUCCAAGUUGGAGUCCUGCUGUACAGACUCGUUGAUGCGGGCGUGGAAGUGGACGUCUGUCUGUCGGCUUUUUCACGACACGACAGUCUUGUGUGGGAGAGCGUCGUCACGCUGCUGUCUCAAACCAAGGUGCCACAGGCCGUCAAAGGUGGAGACGAGAAGGAAAAUGAGGGUGAAAGUCAUGAAGUCGUGCCCGCAGAUGCAAAGCAAGUGGAUCUCAGAGUCCCGCUGAGCACAGGCCCGCCGUGUCCGUGGUCCUUCUUUGACUGUUGGGUCGUCUGUCUGCCAGCUGCCCUCUUUGGCUUAAAUCUGCGUCCCGUUUCGAGUCUGUGGAUGUUGUCUGUCUGCCUGGCGGAAGUAGAGAAGCACAAUGGGGUUGGAGACGUCACAUCUCCAGUCGACGUCGUGGUCCAGUGGAAGGACCCUUUGCUGGCUAUGAGCAAAGUGAAACUUUUGUUUUGGAAGUGUCCUACGCAAGACCUCGCCUUUCAAGUGCGGCAACACAGCGGUCGCAGCAAGUGUCACUUAAUGGGAAAGAUAUCAAGGACUUAACAAGAAUGAGGUAUGUUAACAAUUAUCAUAUGGCCAAAUAUCGCAAGUAACAAACUAGAACGUUUGCCCGGAAUCAAUACCCAAACAAAGAACCACAUGGUGUGGUGACUUAGUCUGUCAGGUUCAAACACUGAUGACAUCUAUUAAACAAGACAAGAAGCAAGGAAUUAAACAGAGACAGCAUUCAAUUUGGCUCAAUGAGGAGAAAGGCGUAGACCUGUACCCUUUACAGUGUCCCACCACGCUCUGACGAAAGAUUGUACGCCGCCUCUUUUAUUUGGACUUUCCCUGAUUACAUGGCAACAGCUGUUUCUAAAGGAAGGGGGUCGUAAACAGCCGUCGCCUUUGGUUACAAAACAGUUCAAAGAAAAGGUGCCUGCAGGGGGGUCAGGUCCUGCUUCCUCUCCGCUUUGUAGAUCUCAGGUCAAGACAAAAUCUUCCUGUGGAUUACAAUAAACAAGACAAGAAGCAAGGAAUCAAACAGAGACAGAAUUAAAUUUGGCUCAGUGAGGAGAAACGCGUACAUCUGUACCCUUGUAAGGUGUUCCACGCUCCUGACGAAAGAUUGUACGCCGCCUCUUUUAUUUGGACUUUCCCUGAUUACAUGGCAACAGCUGUUUCUAAAGGAAAGGGGGUCGUAAACAGCCGUCGCCUUUGGUUACAAAACAGUUCAAAGAAAAGGUGCCUGGAGGGGGGUCAGGUCCUGCUUCCUCUCCGCUUUGUGGAUCUCAGGUCAAGACAAAAUCUUCCUGUGGAUUACAAUAAACAAGACAAGAAGCAAGGAAUCAAACAGAGACAGAAUUAAAUUUGGCUCAGUGAGGAGAAACGCCUACAUCUGUACCCUUGUACGGUGUUCCACGCUCCUGACGAAAGAUUGUACGCCGCCUCUUUUAUUUGGACUUUCCCUGAUUACAUGGCAACAGCUGUUUCUAAAGGAAGGGGGUCGUAAACAGCCGUCGCCUUUGGUUACAAAACAGUUCAAAGAAAAGGUGCCUGCAGGGGGGUCAGGUCCUGCUUCCUCUCCGCUUUGUAGAUCUCAGGUCAAGACAAAAUCUUCCUGUGGAUUACAAUAAACAAGACAAGAAGCAAGGAAUCAAACAGAGACAGAAUUAAAUUUGGCUCAGUGAGGAGAAACGCGUAAAUCUGUACCCUUGUACGGUGUUCCACGCUCCUGACGAAAGAUUGUACGCCUCCUCUUUUAUUUGGACUUUCCCUGAUUACAUGGCAACAGCUGUUUCUAAGGGAGGAGGGUCGUAAACAGCCGUCGCCUUUGGUUACAAAACAGUUCAAAGAAAAGGUGCCUGGAGGGGUGGGUCAGGUCCUGCUUCCUCUCCGCUUUGUAGAUCUCAGGUCAAGACAAAAUCUUCCUGUGGAUUACAAUAAACAAGACAAGAAGCAAGGAAUCAAACAGAGACAGAAUUAAAUUUGGCUCAGUGAGGAGAAACGCGUACAUCUGUACCCUUGUACGGUGUUCCACGCUCCUGACGAAAGAUUGUACGCCUCCUCUUUUAUUUGGACUUUCCCUGAUUACAUGGCAACAGCUGUUUCUAAAGGAAGGGGGUUGUAAACAGCCGUCGCCUAUGGUGAAAAAACAGUUAAAAGAAAAGGUGCCUGGAGGGGGGUCAGGUCCUGCUUCCUCUCCGCUUUGUAGAUCUCAGGUCAAGACAAAAUCUUCCUGUGGAUUACAAUAAACAAGACAAGAAGCAAGGAAUCAAACAGAGACAGAAUUAAAUUUGGCUCAGUGAGGAGAAACGCGUACAUCUGUACCCUUGUACGGUGUUCCACGCUCCUGACGAAAGAUUGUACGCCUCCUCUUUUAUUUGGACUUUCCCUGAUUACAUGGCAACAGCUGUUUCUAAAGGAAAGGGGGUUGUAAACAGCCGUCGCCUAUGGUUAAAAAACAGUUAAAAGAAAAGGUGCCUGGAGGGGGGUCAGGUCCUGCUUCCUCUCCGCUUUGUAGAUCUCAGGUCAAGACAAAAUCUUCCUGUGGAUUACAAUAAACAAGACAAGAAGCAAGGAAUCAAACAGAGACAGAAUUCAAUUUGGCUCAGUGAGGAGAAACGCGUACAUCUGUACCCUUGUACGGUGUUCCACGCUCCUGACGAAAGAUUGUAGGCCUCCUCUUUUAUUUGGACUUUCCCUGAUUACAUGGCAACAGCUGUUUCUAAAGGAAGGGGGUCGUAAACAGCCGUCGCCUUUGGUUACAAAACAGUUCAAAGAAAAGGUGCCUGCAGGGGGGUCAGGUCCUGCUUCCUCUCCGCUUUGUAGAUCUCAGGUCAAGACAAAAUCUUCCUGUGGAUUACAAUAAACAAGACAAGAAGCAAGGAAUCAAACAGAGACAGAAUUAAAUUUGGCUCAGUGAGGAGAAACGCGUACAUCUGUACCCUUGUACGGUGUUCCACGCUCCUGACGAAAGAUUGUACGCCUCCUCUUUUAUUUGGACUUUCCCUGAUUACAUGGCAACAGCUGUUUCUAAGGGAGGAGGGUCGUAAACAGCCGUCGCCUUUGGUUACAAAACAGUUCAAAGAAAAGGUGCCUGGAGGGGUGGGUCAGGUCCUGCUUGCUCUCCGCUUUGUAGAUCUCAGGUCAAGACAAAAUCUUCCUGUGGAUUACAAUACAUCAAAGAAACCGACACCGUCAUGUCGCUUCCCAUCCUACACAGUGGAGUUUCACAAGCUCUUUGAUUGGUAAGAUCAAAGACAGCUUUUGUAUUUUGAAUGGAACAUUUAAUGUUUUGCUGUUGUUUACUGGCGUCAUCUUGCAGCCUACACGUAUCUCUUAUGUGUGACUGCCAUCUACCGGUCACACUUAUCAUUACACCAUGAACCAAAUAAAAUUGCUUUGAGGUUGGUAAGCACGACCAUAAUUAUUCAGUACAUUAGGUGCACCAGGUUAUAAGGCGCACUGUCGAUUUUUAAGAAAAUGAAAGGUUAUAGUCUGAAAAAUACGGUAUAUGUAUUUUACAUUGUUUUCUGCAUGUAAAACUCCAUCCAUCCAUCUAUUUUCUUCCGCUCAUACAAGGUCGGGUCGUGGGGGCAGCAGCCUAAGCAGAGGAGCCCACACUUGGUUUGGGUUCUCCAAGUUAGAAAUGCCUAAUUUUUUGACUUGACCUCCUCCAGGAACUGCAGUCCUGUAUAAUGACACUUGCUUGUAAUAAAGCAAC